AAAAAAGAAACAAAAGGGAAUUCAGCUGAGAGAGUGAUAGCUCAGUGGAGGAAGAGAGAGAAAGAAAGUCUCUUUCUUUUUAGCAAUGCCAAAGUUACUCAACAAAACCUCACAAACUGUGAAAAAAUGCAGUCAUGAAAUCAGUCUUUGAAAAAAUAAUCUUCACAAAAACAACUAUAGAACUUCUUCAUAGUUCAUACCCACUUGUUAACAUUGCUAAAAAAAGAAACUUUCUCACAUGGGGUUAAUCGAUCUCAACACUACAGAGGAUGAUGAAACACCAUAUUCAGCUAUUUCUUCUUCAUCUUCUUCUUCUCACUCUGGUAUAAGCACUUCUGCUUCAGCAGCUAUGGUUGUUCCUCCACCUCUUCCUCCUCAAGGUUCUGUUUGUUUGGAGCUAUGGCAUGCUUGUGCUGGUCCUUUGAUCUCUUUACCAAAGAAAGGAAGCAUUGUUGUUUAUGUUCCACAAGGACACUUUGAACAAGCUCAUGAUUUUCCUGUUUCUGCUUGUAAUAUUCCACCUCAUGUUUUCUGUCGUGUUCUUGAUGUUAAGCUUCAUGCUGAGGAAGGGAGUGAUGAAGUGUAUUGCCAAGUCUUGUUGGUUCCUGAAAAUCAGCAACUGGAGCAAAAUGUUCGUGAAGGGGUAAUUGAUGCUGAUGCAGAAGAGGAGGAUACUGAAGCUAUUGUGAAGUCAACAACACCCCAUAUGUUCUGCAAGACUCUCACAGCUUCUGACACUAGCACUCAUGGAGGAUUCUCAGUGCCUCGUCGAGCUGCUGAAGACUGCUUUCCUCCCCUGGAUUACGGCCAGCAGAGACCUUCACAAGAGCUUGUAGCGAAGGAUCUGCAUGGCUCAGAGUGGAGGUUCCGACAUAUAUACAGGGGGCAGCCAAGGAGGCAUUUGCUCACAACUGGGUGGAGUGCAUUUGUUAAUAAGAAGAAGCUUGUGUCCGGUGAUGCUGUGUUGUUUCUUAGGGGCGAGGAUGGAGAACUGAGACUAGGGAUUCGAAGGGCGGUGCAGUUGAAAAGUUCUGGUUCCUUUGGAGGUCUCUCUGGUAUGCAACUGGAUCCUGGCUCUCUCAUGGAUGUUGUGAAUGCUUUAUCCAAAAGAUCUGCUUUUAGUGUUUGCUAUAAUCCAAGGGUCAGUUCUUCAGAAUUCAUCAUACCUGUCAACAAGUUCUUGAAGAGCCUUGAUUGUUCUUAUUCCGCUGGAAUGAGGUUCAGGAUGCGUUUUGAAACUGAAGAUGCUGCAGAGCGAAGGUUCACUGGAUUAAUUGCUGGAAUAAGUGAUGCGGAUCCUGUUAGAUGGCCAGGAUCAAAAUGGAAAUGCCUAUUGGUAAGGUGGGAUGACAUAGAAGCAUCGAGGCAUAAUAAUAGGGUUUCCCCAUGGGAAAUCGAGCCAUCUGGUUCUGCUUCCAAUUCCAGCAACCUGAUGGCAGCUAGUUUGAAGAGGACCAGGAUUGGAUUCACUUCAGCAAAGCUAGAAUUUCCAGUUCCCAAUGGGAUUGGAGCGUCAGACUUUGGGGAAUCAUUAAGAUUCCGAAAGGUCUUGCAAGGUCAAGAAAUUAUGGGCAUGAAUACUCCCUAUGACAGUAUUAAUGCUCAGAGUCCCCGGUUAUAUGAGCUAGGGAGGUGCUAUCCUGGUUCAAACUGUUCCGGGAUUGCUGCAACAGGAAAUAUCAGAAUGCACCCAGCGGCUUCUGAUUUUCCCUCUAAUGGCAUAGGCUUUGGUGAAUCUUUCAGAUUCCAAAAGGUCUUGCAAGGUCAAGAAAUUCUUCUGUGCCCACCCUACGGACGAGCCUCGUUUGACGAGGCCCGUGGAAGUGGUUGCAUUGGACGUUAUGAUGGUUAUCCAAUGCUCGGCUCCAGAAAUGGAUGGCCUGCACAGAUGCACGACGCUGCUACACAUUUGCAUGCAUCUGUUACAUCUGGACAAGUUUCGUCUCCGUCGUCUGUGUUAAUGUUCCAGCAGGCUGUUAAUCCAGUUUCAAACUCUCGUUAUGAUAAUAUUAAUCUCAACCAGGGUUCAUACAUAUCUGAAGCUAAAAGUGGAAUGUUUGCGCCUUCCCUAUCUGACAAGCCUAUUUUAUCUAGUGGACUAGCUCUGGAAGGCACAACUUCUUUUGGUGUGCAUGAUUUUCAUAAUAAUAAUAAUUUGUUGGAUGGUUCAAGGUCUCGUGAUUCAGUGUUAGCGAUGAGAGACAAUCAAGAUAUGGUUUCUUGUAAAACUGGCUGCAGACUCUUUGGGUUUUCAUUAACCGAUGACACACACAUUGGCGGCGGUUGAGAGUAACCGUACCAAAGGUGUAUUGCAGCAUUGAUGAGAGGAGAACCAUGUGUGCUGGUUAUGUGCUUUUAUUGUAUUAAUAACUUCGGAUUUCAGGAAACAGAAAAAUUGUUAUUCUAUUUCUGUAAUUUGUAUUUUAAAGUGGUACUGACCUACUCAGAGUGCUUGUGUAUUAAAUUUAUGUGUACUCUUUUGUGUUCCACAGAGAUGCAUUGUAUUGAUUAAAACUAUUAUGGUAGUUCUGUGCAUGUUUAUGUAUCCA